GAAAGCUCGAAAAGCUCGUCAGAUCAGUAAGUGACCUAACCUUAUAAUAUGUUUACAAUCCUCAUUAGUAUUUCGCAUAUACUUUGCGGCGCCAACUACAAAAAAUGUUUUGUUCAAUACCUGGCGGAAAUAUAAAAGUUGUGAACAAGUCCAUUGAAACUCUUUCUAAGUUGUCAGAUGAAGUACAUAUCGAAUGCACUGAGACUUCAUUGAUAUUUGCUGCACAUAAUGUUACAAAAACGUCCUAUGCCAAAUAUACCUUCUAUGCAAGUUUUUUUCUCCAUUAUGAGUGUAAUACUGAGCCUAAUAAACCAAUGGCAUGCAAAAUUACAAAUAGAGCUUUAAUGAUGAUAUUCAAGAGGAAAAUGGAAAAGAAGAUUGAAUCUUGUAAGAUUAACUUGAAAUAUGGGGAUGACAGUAUUGUAUUUCAACUUAGAUAUAAAUCUGGCAUCACCACCACUCAUACAUAUUAUUUACUGAAUUGGGAGCAUACUGUGUGGGGCUGUGAUAGUGAUCCAAACAGUAACAAAAUUAUUUGUAAAAGUGCUUUAUUAUUACAUGUGCUAAGCAAUUUUAAGGCAAAAGACACUCACCUUUAUGUGGAUGCUAAUGAAGAUAACAUUAUAUUGAGAAACUAUGGUGAAAAUGAAAACAAUUUAAAAAUAGUACACUCACAGAUAAAAUUACAUAAAGGUGAAUUUCGUUCUUAUGAUGUGCGUCACAAGUGCAGUUUUAUGAUUCCUGUGAGAGCCCUUAGAUCAGUAAUCUCAUAUGCAGACGUUUUGGCAUUGCAUAUAUUACUCUCCUUUACUAAAGGUGUCAAUCCUUUAAUUAUUUCUGUGGAACAGGAGAAUUGUAAUGGAUAUUGUGUGAUUUCUGCAUUGCCCUUGGAUGGCACUCAGUCUACCAAUUCACUACAAAUAACGCCAAGUUCUACCUAUAUUAGCCUUCAAAGAAGUGUGGAUAGUCAAGAAAACAAUAUGGAAGUUGAUACAGUGGAAGAUUCAAUUGGAUCAAAUCAAGACGGACGGAAUCGUCUCCUAGCUCAACUCACUAUUAAUGAAAAUCAAUCAUUAGCACACAUGGAACCGCAUUUUGAAGCAGAACUUGACAAUAGUCGGGUAAUAAGACCCGAAGUGUUACAUAUAUUUGGUCGGUGUUUUGAUCCCACGUUUCAUGCGUCACAAGUGGAUGUAGGCAAAGUUUUAUGUGAAAAUAGUGAUACAGAUAGUGACUAAAGUAUUUAGUAUUUGAUAUUAGUGAAAUGCAGCUAACUGAAAAAUGUAUUAUAUAUUUUUUCAAAAAUUGAAUAUACAUGUUUUUUAAAUAAACAUUAAUUUAAUAGUAAUAAA